AUGAGCCAGGUGAACGACGGUGAGCAGGGGACGCCUGUCACCCAGAGCAGGCUGUCAGGGAAGAGGGAGCAGUGUGAGGGAGAGUGCCUCUCUAAACUCAGCCUAAACAGCCACCACACUGACCGUGCUGAUACUGCGAGCUGUGUAUCCAUGAGGAGCGACGGUUCAAUGGGGUUCCCUAUUAACUUCAGGGACGGUGACUGUCCUGCUGGGCCAAGGUUUGAAUCUGCUUGGACAGCGACAGAAAUUCAUAACUUACGGUGGGCCAGUCUGAAGAGGAAGUUUCAGUAUGUAUGUGAAGGAACGGCAAAACAACAGGACCCUACUGUCCUUAAUGAGAUCUACACAGAGCUCUACAUUAUAAAGGGUGGGAGCGGAAAGGUCAAUAAUGAACAUGAGGUCAGACAGAUUGAGAACUCAUCCUGGAGACCAGCAACACUGGAAACCACAAUCAAAUGCAAUGACAUUUUUAAACAGUCAGCCAGACAGGAUAAACCCGUGAGAACUGUGCUGACGAAAGGAGUCGCUGGAAUUGGGAAAACAGUCUCCGUGCAGAAGUUUAUUCUGGACUGGGCUGAGGGAAGGGCAAACCAGGAUUUAAUCUUCAUCUUUCCUCUUCCUUUUCGGGAGCUGAAUUUGAUGAAGGAAAAGAACCUCAGCUUUAUGAAUCUCCUGAAUAUUUUCUUCCCUGAAACAAAAGACUUUAAAUUCUCUAAAACCGACGAGCAUAAAAUCCUAUUCAUCUUUGAUGGUCUGGACGAAUGUCGACUUCCUCUGGAUUUCCAGAACAGUGAGGUCUUGUGUGAUGUAACGCAACCAGCCCCUGUGGAUGUUUUACUCACAAAUCUCAUCACAGGGAAUCUGCUUCCCUCUGCUCUCCUCUGGAUCACCUCCCGACCAGCAGCAGCCAAUCAGAUCCCUAAUCAGUUUGUUGAUGAGGUGACAGAGAUUCGAGGGUUCAGUGACCUUCAGAGGGAGGAGUAUUUCAGGAAGAGAAUGUCUGAUCACGCUCUGUCCAGCAGAGUCAUCUCACACGUGAAGUCCAUAAGAAGCCUGUACAUCAUGUGUCACAUUCCAGUCUUCUGCUGGAUUUCAGCCACAGUUCUAGGGAGAAUGUUAAACGAACCUGGAAGUGGAGAGGUUCCAAAUACACUGACUCAAAUGUACACACAUUUUCUGAUCAUACAGACGUGCAUCAGAGGGAAAAAGUACAAUGAGAGGGUGAAGUCCAAUGAGGACCUGAUUCUAAAGCUGGGUAAACUGGCUUACAAACAGUUGGAGAAAGGUAACCUGAUCUUCUACGAGGAAGACCUUAGGGAGUGUGGCAUUGAUAUCACAGAGGCGUCUGUAUACUCAGGAGUGUGCUCUCAGAUCUUUAGAGAGGAGUUUGGGUUGAACCAGGGCAAAGUGUUCUGUUUUGUCCACUUCAGCAUUCAGGAGCAUCUAGCAGCCAUGUAUGUGUUUCUGUCCUUCAGCAUCCACAGCACAAACGUACUUAACCCAGCGGUAAAUACAACGAUGGCAAACGACAUAUUCUCUGGUCUACAUAAGAGCGCAGUAGAUAUGGCCUUACAAAGCGACAACGGACACUGGGAUCUUUUCCUCCGUUUCCUUCUGGGCCUAUCAGUAGAGUCCAAUCAGACUCUCCUAGGAAACCUACUGACACAAACAACAAGACGCUGGCGUGGCAAAGAAAAAACGGUCAAGUACAUCAAAGACAAGGUCCCGGCAAACCCGGACAGAUCCAUCAAUCUUUUUCACUGUCUGAACGAACUCAACGACCAUUCUUUGGUGGCAGAAAUCAAAAGCUACCUGAAAUCUGGAACUCUGUCCAAAACCCAGCUGACACCUGAAAAGUGCCUGGCACUGGUUUUUGUUCUGCUGACAUGUGAUGAGGAGCUGGACGUGUUUGACAUGAGCAGAUACGUCAGGUCUGAUGCAUGUCUACUGAGGCUGCUUCCUGUUGUAAAAGUGUGCAGAACAGCUCUACUGCUUGGCUGUAAGCUCACACACAGCAGCUGCACUAUGCUGGCCUCAGCUCUCAGCUCAAACUCCUCCAGUCUGAGAGAGCUGGACCUGAGUCACAACAAUCUUCAAGACACGGGAGUGAAGUCCCUCUGUGCUUGUCUUGUAAAUCCACAGGGUAAAUUACAAGUUCUGAGUCUAAAUUUCUGUGGAGUUGCAGAUCAAGGCUUUGUAUCUCUGGCCACUGCGCUGAGUGAAAACCUGUCACAUUUGAAAGAGCUCCAUCUGAUGGGGAAUAUACCGGGAGACUUAGGAAUGAAACUGCUCUCUGCUUUACUGGAGGACACAGAGUCGUCUCUUGAAAAAUUACAAUACUGUGAGUAA